AUGUCCCUUUCCCCCCUCAAGACUCAAAACCAACGACACCUCCCGGAUACGGGAUUGAACCUUAAAGUGUUCGACGGUCCUGAUUAUUUCACGUCAAACGUGCUUCAGAUGCGGCGCCAGACGAUGGGGCAGGAGCGAAGGGGGGAGUCAGCCUUGUGGUCCCCACAACCUCCCACUGCAAAAGCAACGGGACAGAUGGUACUGGAUUCCACCCUGCCAAGGGACGCCACGCUAGGAGAGAGCCGUCGUUUCCAGGACUGCAAGAUCAGUAUGGACAUGACUGUUCACGAACAUCGCGAACUUUUAUCUCCUGAACCAAACAGCAGCUCUCGGCCGGUAGUUUCUCCAUCGACUGCAUCACGUCCUCGUGCCCUCGCGCCCUUAUCCUCACUGCCAAAGCAACCCAAACUCAAGCUCGGUAAGCAUGGAUAUUUCUCAUAUAGGGAGGUUGACUUGAGCAGGCCGUUGCUUCUAGCAGGACACCCAUCUCCGCCCCUCAUGUCCCUUCGGUUUGUGGCAGCCGGGACCUAG